AUGCAUACAGAUGGAACUGCUGAUGAAUGCAGUUCAUUUUCGCCUGAUAGUAAAAUCCGUUCGUCUCGAUUCAUGCUCGAGAAGCCUUUAGUCUCUGAUCAACCUAUUACUCCAUUACUAAAAUCUUCCAAGGAGGACAGGUCCGUACAAGCUGGUAGUUGCGAUGUACAGGAAUCUCCAAUUUCGUCGUUCCCCAGCGAUCCCCGUAACAUAGGCACUAUUGAUACCUCUCUCCCAAGAGAUGAUAGUUUUCUUCAAGAUAACACCCCGAAAGCAUCUAUAGCAGCAGAUUCUCCUUUCACCGGGUCGCAUGCGCCGUGUUCCUCCACGCCGUGGCUCAACUCGACGCCAUCCAUAAAGAUACCAACGGUUUCGUCAAUGCCUAGAUGCGACUCUUUACCAGGGGCUGAAGGCCGCAUGCAAAAAUUCGGCUGCUGUGUUUUUUUCUUCCCAGUACCCAUUUUAUCUUGUCUUUUCCCGUUGGUCGGACACGUUGCUAUUAGCAACGCUGAAGGGACGAAGCUUUACACCUUUGAGUCCUCUUACUACGUUCGCGAGGAGUGUCUAAUUGAUGUUUUAGAUCGUGUUAUAGAGGGGAUUUCGAGUGCACCGGAGGACUUCCCGCAUGGGCGGGGCGUGGAGUUGGUUGACUUAAACGUUUCGCCAUCAUCCCAUUCUUUGCCAUCCCGUUCUGCCGCUAUGAGUGUAGGGGGGUCUUCACCUGUCUCAUCUUUUCGUCCAAUCGGCGGUCCACGAGCCAGUGCCUCCCCAGGGGCACGUUGGCAUAACAGAAGCUCGCGUGGUGUCGCAGCGGGGCACGCUCAUAUCGCGUGCGUACGGAUAUGGGACUUAAAACCACUUUUGAUGGAAAGACGCCAUGGACAUAAGUCUCGCAUCAGGGCUGCCUCUUUAGCCGGAUCCCGAGUCGCCAUGGUGCUAUUUCAGCGUCUGCAAGAGCUUCUUCAGACGGAAGGGACAAAUGGAAAGGAGACAUCGGACUUUGAUGUGGAGCCUAACUCGACACUGAAAGACGGUCACAGUUCGAAAGAUGAUAGCUGUUAUCAGCUGAUCGAUGCCACUACGGCACGUUUUUACAAUCGCAAUUUGCAGGCUACUAUUAGCAUUUUUCGUGACGGACCUGAUGGCAGCAACAACUCCCCAGAUUUACUGCUCAAAAAUCGCAGCUCUUUUUCUUUUGUUGGUUUUGUUUUAGAAGUGUGCGGAGUGGGAGAUCCAUUGAUGUCAAGUGGUGAAAAUAAGUCGCUUUCUUCAUCUCAUGGUGCGUUAUCCUCCACAGAUGUCACCCCACUUGUGGUUGAGUGCGAUAGCAGCAUCUCUUGGGGGACUGUAAGGCUUGUGACAAGCAUAAGCUUAUUUGGAAAGUUGUAUCGCAACGAACGCAGGGCGUGGCGGAUGAUGCAAGGUGGAACUUUGGUGGGGGCAGUGAUGAUUUGGGUUAUUUUAAUUGCGGUAUUAUAUUAUUUUCUUUUCCCAUUACUGCCAAGGUUUUCAAACACAAUAUGGCCACUAUAA